UAGCACCGCUGCAGUAGCGAUGGCAUGCGGCUUCAUCUUGACGUCGCAGUGAUCGCACAUUCUGAAACGCAUUAAAAAUUUCCACAACAUAGACAAGACAGUCAUCUGAUUGUAUAAAAAUAAAGUCAUCUGAUUUUAUAGUGAUAAACAUGCAGACCGUAUAGAUGCUCUGCUGUUUUGCGAGACCCUAAAUUCAUGUCUACGGAGUAUCCUGAGCGAGCUUAUCAUAGCGGCAUUGAAAUAUUGUGGAUAGUGGAUAUUACUGCCUCGCGGUAAAUUCUGUGUUUAUACAGAAAGUAGGAACAAUGUCGGCAUCGACAUCGGAGCUGCGGUUGAUAGUUAUCCAAAUGCAAAUAUCCUAUCAUAAGGGAACCAACUUAACCCUUGCAGCGGACUUGAUUAAGCAGGCUGUAUCUUCGCCAGAUGCAAUGGUCGCUGAUAUUGUUAAUGGACAGCGAACAUCUCGCUCAGAUUUGUUUUCGAAUACCCUAAUCGUUUUGCCUGAGUUUUUUAAUUCUCCCUAUGAUUUCGGAAAAAUUGCUGAAAAUGCCGAACAUAUACCUGGGCCGACUACCGAUGCCAUUGGCAAAAUCGCCGAUCUAUUUGGGAUUUAUGUGAUUGCCGGAUCAAUUCCUGAAGUGGACGGGAAACUCAUUUAUAACACUUGCGUUGUGUUCGACCCCAAUGGAAAAAUUGUCGCCAAACAUCGCAAGAUGCACAUGUUUGAUGCAGAUCUUCCUGGUGGGCGCUAUUGUGAAUCCGAUGUGUUCGCAUCCGGAUCAUCCUUUACGACCUUUCAAGCUGGAGAAUGGAAAGUCGGGCUGGGUGUAUGCCACGAUGUACGCUUUCCGGAAAUGGCCACUGCAUAUGCUUUGCAGGGUUGUCACAUGAUCGUGUACCCCUCCGCUUUUGAAAUGGUUACGGGAAAAGCACACUGGAAGCUGGCAUUACAAGCCAGAGCCUUAGACAAUCAGAUUUACGUUGUCGGCGCCGCACCAGCGCGCCACGACGCGUCCGCUUAUCCCGUGUGGGGCCACAGUGCGCUGAUUGGUCCAUGGGCCGAUGUUAUCGCGGAAGCCGAUGAAAAGGAAAGCAUAUUACGACAAGUACUGGAUUUAGACGCAGUUCGCAAUGCCCGUCAACAAAUCCCUUUGGCAAAGCAGCGACGAACAGACUGCUAUCGAAAUAUUAACCAAUAAUUGAUCCAGUUCCUGAUUUUAAGCAAUUUUAUAUGGUGCUUUUUGCACCUUGCGCUCCAUUGUAUUCGAGUUCUUUAUUUUAUGGCAACUCGCCACCGGCAUUGGUCAGAUAUGUUUUGAAUAAGAUAUUCCCGGUGCCGUUUUGCCGUUACUAUAGCUGGUUAUACAACUAAAAAACCUUCUGCAUGUAGCAGACAUAAAA